AUGUCAGAUGGGGAUGUAGGCCGCCUUCUCCUCAUGUGGAAGUCGUGGAGUGUGAAAAUGCAAGGAAUCAAAGGCCUUUCACAUUAUUCCCGGUAUCUACCUCGACUCAUUCGACUGCUAACAAAGGUUCUUCCGAAGUCGCUUUCGCAUGUUAUUCUCCACACUCUCUUGAUUUCUCCAACCGGUCGACACGGGCAUUUUGUAGCAAAAGAUUUUCAUCUGGAGAUAAAGAAUUACUGGCUAAAGUACUUUUACAAUCAUGCAGGGCCAGGAACGGACAUCGAGCGACUCAAAGAGACAUUCUCUCUCACUGUUGGGCUGCUCUCGCAUUUGGUCAACACUAUGAAAGGACGAGCUGGUCAGAACAAUGUCCGUCAAUCACGUAAGAACCGGUCCACCCCAACAUCGAUGAUUCGCUUCCUGAACAUGGCCAGAAGCGAGAAUAUCACCAAGUCUAAACCCAACUCGGAAACUGUAGGUAAACCUCUAGGAGAUAUCCAUCGUCUUGGCAUCCAGAAACUCAAAGUCGAUUUUGGCAAGCAACAACUGGAGCGCUUCCACUGGCCUGUUGCUUCAAACUACAGUGAAGAACAAGGUGACAUGAGGAAUACAACUCACUUAUUUUGGCAAGCCUCCUCUUUUGCAUCUAGUUGGUCGUAUGGAAUCUUAUCCACCCUCAACCAGUCCAAACACCGCUUAUUAUAUGCAGCUUUAAGAGCAUUAGCUUCUUUAUCUGCUUUUACCUGA